AUCUCCCCUCACUACUCUCUAUAUAAAACCCUUAUCUACUUCACUCUUCCUCUUAACUCUCCCUUCUUUCCUCUCUCUCUAUAUAAAACAAAUAUGAUAGUGGUUAGAGAAUACGACCCGAGCAGAGACUUAGCCGGCGUGGAGGACGUGGAGCGACGGUGUGAGGUUGGUCCAAGCGGCAAGCUCUCUCUCUUCACCGACCUUUUGGGUGACCCGCUUUGUAGGAUCCGACAUUCACCUUCUUUCCUUAUGUUGGUGGCUGAAAUGGGUACGGAGAAGAAGGAGAUAGUGGGCAUGAUUAGAGGUUGUAUUAAAACCGUUACAUGUGGCAUAAAACUCGAUUUAAAUCAUAAACCCCAAAACGACGCCGUUAAACCACUUUACACUAAACUCGCCUACGUUUUGGGCCUUCGUGUCUCUCCUUCUCACAGGAGGCAAGGGAUAGGGCUUAAGCUCGUGAAGAUGAUGGAAGAAUGGUUUUGUCAAAACGGCGUCGAAUAUUCGUAUAUAGCAACAGAAAACGAUAACCAAGCGUCGGUUAAUCUCUUCACCGGUAAAUGCGGUUACUCCGAGUUUCGUAAACCGUCUAUCUUGGUCAACCCGGUUUACGCCCACAGAGUCAACGUCUCGCGACGUGUAACCGUCAUUAAAUUGGACCCGGUCGAUGCAGAGUCUCUGUACCGGCUCCGGUUCAGCACGACCGAGUUUUUCCCGCGUGACAUCGAUUCUGUACUGAAUAACGAACUCUCGCUAGGGACUUUCGUGGCUGUGCCACGUGGAAGCUGUUACGGGUCCGGUUCAGGAGCAUGGCCCGGUUCGGCUAAGUUUUUGGACUACCCGCCAGAGUCGUGGGCCGUGUUGAGCGUUUGGAACUGCAAAGACUCGUUUCGGCUAGAGGUUCGCGGCGCGUCGCGGCUGAAACGCCUAGUGGCUAAAACCACACGUGUGGUUGAUAAAACGCUGCCGUUUUUGCGACUUCCUUCGAUACCGUCCGUUUUUAAACCGUUUGGGCUUCACUUUAUGUACGGGAUAGGUGGAGAAGGCCCACAAGCGGCGAAGAUGGUUAAGUCAUUGUGUGGUCACGCUCAUAACAUGGCCAAGGAUGGUGGUUGCGGUGUGUUAGCGGCGGAGGUGGCCGGAGAUGAGCCGUUGCGGCGAGGGAUACCGCACUGGAAAGUGUUGUCGUGUGACGAGGAUCUUUGGUGUAUUAAACGGCUUGGGGAAGAGUAUAGUGAUGGUGUUGUUGGUGACUGGACUAAAUCACCACCUGGAGCCUCUAUUUUUGUGGACCCUAGAGAGUUUUAGUGUUAUAGAAUCUUAAUUAUCAUAUUACGGGGGGGGGGUCUUGUAAACUCUUAAGAGUAUCUUUUUAAGGGUCUUUUUGGUUUUAGAAUUAGUCUUCUUUAUUGCCUAGGUAAUCCAUAUUUUGUUUGUUUGUGGGGUUGGAUUAGUGGUAAGAGGCAAUAUCUCAUGCUUUUGGGUUUGUGUCUUCUUGUCUUGUAAAUGGAUCUAGCUUUUUAAAAAUAUAUACUUUAUCUGUGGCCAAAUUAAAAUGCCG